UCUCUAUCAGUGUGUACAUGCAGUAAAAUGGUAGAAACCAAUAUUUCUUGGUCUCAGGAUCAGUUCAAAUGUCCGGUGUGUCUGGAUCUACUGAAGGAUCCAGUGACUAUUCCCUGUGGACACAGUUACUGUAUGAGCUGUAUUACAGACUGCUGGAAUCAGGAUGAUCAGAAGAGAGUCUACAGCUGCCCUCAGUGCAGACAGACCUUCACUACAAGACCUGCUUUAAAUAAAAACACCAUGCUGGCUGAAGUGGUGGAGAAACUGAAGAAGACUGAACUUCAAGCUGAUGUUCCUGUUGAUGCUGGAGCUGGAGAUGUGGAGUGUGACGUCUGUAAUGGAAGAAAAUACAAAGCUGUCAAGUCCUGUCUAGUGUGUCUGAACUCUUACUGUCAAAAUCACCUUGAACAACAUGAGAGUUUCUUUAAAGGUAAGAGACACAAUAUGAUGGAUGCCACUGGACGACUCCAGGAGAUGAUCUGCUCUCAACAUGGUCGACUGUUGGAAGUUUUCUGUUGCUCUGACCAAAAGGGUAUUUGUAUUCUGUGUACGGUGAAUGAACAUAAAAACCAUGACACUGUAUCAGCUGCAGCAGAGAGGACAGAGAAACAGAAACACUUGAAAGAGACCCAGAGACAAUAUCAGCAGAGAAUCCAGAAGAGAGAGAGAGAUCUUCAGCGGCUGAGAGAGUCUGUGGCGUCUCAUCAGCUCUCUGCACAGACAGCAGUGGAGGACAGUGAGAGGAUCUUUACUGAGCUGAUGCGCUCCAUUGAGAGAAAUCGCUUUGAGGUGAUACAGCUGAUAAGAGAUCAGGAAAAGGCUGCAGUGAGUCGAGAUGAAGGACUCUUGCAUCGACUGAAGAAGGAGAUCGCUGAUCUGAAGAGGAGAGACGCUGAGCUGGAGCAGCUUUCACACACAGAUGAUCACAUCCAUUUCCUAAAGUGUUUCCAGUCUCUCUCUGCACCUCCAGAAUCUACAGGCAAAAUUACUAUCAGUUCCCCUCUCUCUGUUGAAGAUAUAAAACAAUCUGUCUGUCAGCUGAGAGACAAACUGGAGCAUUUCUGCAAAGAGGAGAUUCAAAAGAUUUCUGUCACACACAUCAGUAUUGUUCCGAGGAUCAGGGAGGAGUUCCUACAAUAUUUCCAUCAGUUCACUCUGGAUCCAAACACAGUGAAUAAACACCUCUGUCUGUCAGAUGGGAACAGAGUGGCUUCUUACACUGACACAGUCCAGCAGUAUCCUGAUCAUCCAGACAGAUUUGAUUGGUUUCAAGUGUUGUGUAGAGAGAGUGUGUGUGGACGCUGUUAUUGGGAGACUGAGUGGAGUGGGCUUGUAGGUGUGUUUAUAUCAGUGUCAUAUAAGAGCAUCGGCAGGAAUGGAAGGAUAAAUGAGUGUGGAUUUGGAUAUAAUGAUCAGUCUUGGAGUUUGUUCUGUUCUUCCUCCAGUUACUCAUUCAGGCACAAUAACAAACACACUGAACUCCCUGUACCCUCCAGCUCAUGCAGAAUAGGAGUGUAUGUGGAUAACAGUGCAGGAACUUUGUGCUUCUACAGUGUCUCUGACAGAAUGACUCUCAUCCACAGAGUCCAGACCACCUUCACUCAACCUCUAUAUCCUGGGUUUAGUGUUUAUAAAGGAUCUGUGAAACUCCGUGAUGUAGCAAUAUAG